GCGGGUCCGGGUCGCGGUCGUGGGCGGGGGUCGGGCCUGCACCGGGGUCGGGCUGCAGGUCCCGGCGGCCAGCAUGAAGCGGGACGUGCGCAUCCUGCUGCUGGGCGAGGCCCAGGUGGGGAAGACGUCGCUGAUCCUGUCGCUGGUGGGCGAGGAGUUCCCUGAGGAGGUCCCCCCACGGGCGGAAGAGAUCACCAUUCCCGCGGACGUCACCCCAGAGAAGGUGCCCACCCACAUCGUGGAUUAUUCAGAGGCUGAGCAGACAGUCGAGGAGCUUGAGGACGAGAUUCACAAGGCAAACGUGGUGUGUGUGGUAUAUGACGUGUCUGAGGAGGCCACCAUUGAGAAGAUCCGAACUAAAUGGAUCCCACUGGUGAAUGGGGAUACCAAGAGGGGGCCCAGGGUCCCCAUCAUCCUGGUGGGCAACAAGUCGGACCUGCGGCCAGGGGGCUCCAUGGAGGCUGUGCUGCCCAUCAUGAGCCAGUUCCCUGAGAUCGAGACCUGUGUGGAGUGCUCGGCGAAGAACCUGAAAAACAUCUCAGAGCUGUUCUACUACGCACAGAAAGCCGUGCUACACCCCACGGCCCCCCUCUAUGACCCUGAGGCCAAGCAGCUGAUGCCCGAGUGCGCCCAGGCCCUCACACGCAUCUUCAGGCUCUCAGACCAGGACAUGGACCAGGUGCUCAGUGACCAGGAGCUCAACGCUUUCCAGAUGUCUUGCUUUGGGCACCCUCUUGCCCCGCAGGCCCUGGAGGACGUGAAGAUGGUGGUGAGCAAGAAUGUGGCAGGAGGUGUGCGGGAUGACCGGCUGACCCUGGACGGCUUCCUUUUCUUGAACACGCUCUUCAUCCAGCGAGGCCGCCACGAGACCACGUGGACCAUCCUGAGGCGCUUUGGCUAUGGCGACUCGCUUGAGCUGACGGCCAACUACCUCUGCCCACCGCUCCGUGUGCCCCCCGGAUGCAGCACCGAGCUCAACCACCGCGGCUACCAGUUUGUGCAGAGGAUGUUCGAGAAGCAUGACCAGGACCGGGAUGGCGCCCUCUCGCCAGCAGAGCUGCAGAGCCUCUUCAGCGUGUUUCCUGCUGCUCCCUGGGGCCCCCAGCUCCCUCGCACGGUCCGCACCGAGGCCGGUCGGUUGCCCCUGCACGGGUAUCUCUGCCAGUGGACUCUGGUGACCUACUUGGACGUCCAGCACUGUCUUGAGCACCUUGGCUACUUGGGCUUCCCCACCCUCUGCGAGCAGGAUUCCCAGGCCCACGCCAUCACAGUCACCCGGGAGAAGAGGCUGGACCAGGAGAAGGGACAAACGCAGAGAAACGUUUUCUUGUGCAAGGUGGUGGGGGCCCGCGGAGUGGGCAAGUCCUCCUUCCUGCAGGCUUUCCUCGGCCAUGGCCUGGGGGAUGCUGGGGAGCCUGCUGGGGAGUCCUCUGCCUACACCAUCGACACCGUGCAGGUCAACGGACAGGAGAAGUAUCUGAUCCUGUGUGAGGUGGGUGCAGACAGCCUCCUGACCGCCUCGGCCGACGCCACCUGUGACAUCGCCUGCUUGAUGUUUGACAGUAGCCACCCAAGGUCCUUCUCGCUGUGUGCCAGUGUCUACAAGCGCCACUACAUGGACAGGCAGAUUCCCUGCCUCUUCGUCUCCUCCAAGGCUGACUUGCCCGAAGGCGUCUUGCUGCCUGGUCUGUCACCGACUGAGUUCUGCCGUAGGCACCGGUUGCCCGCCCCUGCCCUGUUCUCUUGUGCCGGCCCAGCCGAGCCCCGUGCGGCCAUCUUCACCCAGCUCGCCACCAUGGCCGCCUUCCCACACCUUGUCCACGGGGAGCUGCACGCCACCUCCUUCUGGCUCCAGGUGGCGCUGGGGGCCGUCGGGGCUGCCGUUGCUGCCGUUCUCAGCUUCUCACUCUACAGGGUCCUGGUGAAGAGCCGAUGAGGCCACAGACCCCGCAGUCUGAUCUCAGGGUGCUGGUGUGGGGCCACUUGCUUGGGAGGGGAUGGAGACCCUCUCAACUUUCCUCCUGAGGACAGUCCACCUGCUGCCCCACCCCUGCCUCAACCCCGAGGGUGGCCACGGCUCCCAGCAGCCUGUGUCCGGCCUUGCUGCAGGUGCCGGGCAUGACCCUCUUCUGUGGGCAUCGUGUGUUGGAGGGACCAGGAGGUGUGGGUGAGGAAGUCAGUGACCCCAGACCCGAAUUCUCAGGGCUCCACUUCUCCUUCCUGGUCCCAUGUGGCCAGAGGGUAUGAAGGGGGUAAGAAGGCAGGGCCUUGGGCCAAAGGCAGGGGCGUGGAGGCAAGAAAUGGCUGGAUCAUUGUGCACGCCCCCAUCCCCCAAUCUGAAGACAGGUCCAGGGCUGUGCCUCUCCCAGAAGAUGUAUGAGAUUGGGUUUCCUGAUUAAACUUCACUUGUGUCUUUUC